AAACAAAACAAAAAAUGAAAAUGAAAAUGAAAACGAAAAGCAACAAAUCGAAAUAUGAUGAGAAAAAAGGUCACAAGCACGAGGGGCAGCUAAGCAACCUGCCCGAAGGAGCUCUCCUCUAUUGACUUAGUCUAAUUUACACGUUGUGUACUUUUUAUAUAUUUAUACAUACCUACUUGUACUAAUCGAAUGUUAUAAUCUACGUAUUUUUAUAUAUCUUGACUAACUUGAGAGAACACCAGGGGAAUGGCGAAGUUUGCCAAGUUUCUUACCUCCUUACCUUAACCAAUCUAACGCCACUUAACUCAAAUUAACUGAUUCUCGCGCAGAAUUACGCCUCGGAAAUUAUCUAAAAAAAAAAGAAUAUGCUACAUUUUACGGAUUAUCAAGCGAGUUAACUGAAAAUCGAAUAAUUAUACAUCAAUACAUAUGAAGCAAUGCCAUGCUGUUGCAGUAACAUUUUUUUAUACUAAUUAUACUAGUUAAAAAUGCAAGUAAAACCAAACAAUAAGAAUGCAUGUUACAAAUUUUACAAUUAACAAAUUUUUGCACACUCGCCACUCAAUUUGUUAGCUAAUCAAUUUUCAUUGCAUUAUUCAAAAUAAUCGACUCGAGAUCGAAACUCAUUGUAAGAUGGUCGAAAUGGUGGCCAACAAGCUGGGACCCCAUCGAUAGGUUCGCCUGGGAUGGCUCAGUUUGCUGGCCAGUCGAAGCAAUAAAAAGCAAAUCCUUCAAUAAAAUUAUAAUUAUACACAAACGAACAAAGGUUUUCCAAUUUCGUGAUGGGAGAGCGAUACUGAGAUAAGAUAAGGUCUGCGACAAAGCUUGCCAUGAGUACUCCCAACUCAGUUGUGAAAUAAUCCUCAAACUGUUAAGUUCUCCACAGACUUGGCAACAUGUUGAAACUGGAGACCAAAUAUGGAAUCAUCUGCUCGGGAUGCUUGUCCAUAGCCUUUGCCAUAACCUAUUUGGCCCUUAUGGAUGACUACUUCUGGAGAUAUGGUACCGAAUUAGGAAUACACAUUUCUGCUUUGCAAAUAUUAGCCAGUUUGGGCCUUAUUUUUGGAGCGUUGAAGCAAAAAUACAAGUUCUUCGUGCCGUGGAUGAUAACCACAGGAUUCUUCAUAUAUCUAAUGGUUUAUUUGGCCAUUGCCUUACUAACCGGGUAUGGGGAAUGGGUUUUCGUUCCAGCAAUGACGCUUCCGUUUUCAGUGUAUCUUGCCUGCGCUUUGUUCUCGGUGCAAAAGGCCUUCGAAAGGAUGCGCAAGGACGAGCCGCCAGCAUAUACUAAUUUGUCUGCCAAGAAUUUCAUUAACCAUAUUUAGGCCAGAAAAAUAGAAUUGUAGAAAAAUUAUAGAAAAGGGAAAAAAGUGUAAUUGUAGAACACAGUUUGCAGAUAAGAUACGCGGUAAAUAAAAGCUUUUUAAUCAUUAUUUGGACGCAGCCUGCAA